AUGACUACCAACGGCGACUCUCCCCCGAACUUCAUCUCCUCCAACCCCCUCCCAUGCAUCAUCGACAAUUCCCCCUUCACCCCCUCUCAUACUUACGCCGUCUACCGAACCGACCAACCCUCCUCUGGCACUCGCGAUGUGACCCACAACGUUGCCUCCAUCUCCCCUUCCGAGGUAGCUCAGGUUGUCGCUUCCUCCCAAGCGGCAUUCCCUGGUUGGCGCGCUACCCCCGUUUCCCGUCGACGAGAAAUCUUCCUCAGAGCCACCCAGCUCCUGCAAGAGCGAGUUGCGGAAUACGCAGGCAACACGAUGCAAGAAACCGUUCUCUCUCGAGGUAUGGCUGGGUUCGAACUGGCUAUCCUCGCCACAGGUCACCUUCAAUCUGCUGCCGAGAGCAUGACUCAAGCUCUCAAAGCCGACCUGCUUCCACCGGGGGACGAUGGAGCGAUGAAAAUCGUCAAGCGUGAACCUUACGGCGUUGUCUUGGGUAUCGCUCCUUGGAAUGCGCCGUUUAUUUUGGGUUUGAGGUCGGUGCUGUAUGCGAUCGCAGCGGGUAACUGUGCUAUUUUGAAGACAUCAGAGUUUGCUCCUAGGGUGCACUUGAGUGUGGCACAGGUCUUGAUCGAUGCCGGGUUGCCGAAGGGAGUGUUGAAUGUGGUUCAUGUUGAUCCGCAGCACGCACCGGAGGUGACGGAGGCGUUGAUUUCGUAUCCCGCAGUGAGGAAAGUUAACUUUACGGGAAGUACUAGGGUUGGUAAGAUAAUUGCUGCUACCGCUGCUAAGUAUCUUAAACCAGUCGUACUUGAGCUUGGAGGAAAGGCUCCUCUAAUCAUCCUCGAGGAUGCGGAUCUGGAUUUGGCUGCUAACGGGAUUCUCUUUGGCGGAUACCUCAACUCUAACCAAAUCUGCAUGGCGGUCAACAACAUCCUCGUCCACGAAAAAGUGGCAAAGAAGCUAGAAGAUACAUUGAACACCCUCUUCCAACAACACAAGGAGAUCUUCACCGCAAAGCUUUCGCAAGGUAUGGAGGACAAACACGCCCUUCGCUCGCUCUUCACCGCUUCCUCCGCCGACCGUUUGAAGGUUCUCUACCAAGACGCCAUCGACAAAGGCGCAAAGGUCGUCGUUGGUGAGGCUGCAUUCGAAGGCGCUCUCGUCCAGCCCAUCGUCCUAGCCCCCGUUAAGGAAGAUAUGAAGAUCUACACCGAAGAAACGUUCGGUCCCGUUCUCUCCCUCAUCACUUUCAGCUCUGUCGAUGAAGCAAUCAAAAUCGCCAACACUCCCGAGUAUGGGUUGGCAGCAAGCGUUUAUACCCGUAAUCAAACUCUCGGUUUGGAGGUCGCAGACAAGAUCGAGGCGGGACAGGUUCAUAUCAAUGCUCAACCGGUACACGAUGAUCCAGUAAUGCCUCAUGGUGGUUGGAAGAGCAGUGGUUACGGAAGGUUCAAUGGGCUCGAGGGUGUAAGGGAGUUCACCCAGACAAAGGGUAUUACAGUUCAGCAGGGUCAUGCUACGCCUUUCCAGUACGUCUAA